AUGCCAAAACCUGUGGCCAUUUCCAAGUUCCUGCCAUCUCUCCAAAUUCCUCCGUCCGACCAAACACUGCUACGGGAAUUAGCGACGACGAUCGUCACACAUAACCUCGAGCAAUACAACAAUCUGUGCCUUACAAAAGACGGUCAUCCAGACAGUCGAGUUUGGAAACCAACUCGCAAGACAGACGGCAUUCGAAUCUAUCGAGAGCGUCCGAAUUCCGCCAGUGAGUCUGCACCACAAAUUCCGUCGCUGUUACUCUUGGGCUCCAUGGUCGGCAAAUUAGACGACAUCAUGUACGCCGUCGUGACACCGACGGACGAAUCUCUCAAAAUAAAGUCUUGCUGCAUCCGAGACGGAGUUGUCGAUAGCAGAGUUCUCCAGGAGCUCGUGUGCCCCACCGUUGAUGACCCGUUUCACCACGUAAGUCUUCAGUGGCGUCUGUACGAAGGUCGUGACUACGUGACACUCGACACCUCGGGCAUGAUGCAGACCCCAUGGGGUGAGCGUGUUGGCUAUAACGUGUCGCACUCGGUCAGCUUUGCUCAAUUGCCAGCUUUCGCAGAGCUCAAAAUCGCACGUGGCAAUAUGUCCGUGUGCUCACUCUACCACCAGAAGGCAAACAACACGGUCGAAUGCUACACCCGCGGAUUCUUUGACUUGUCCACGAACACACACGGAAACACCGUUUUGGCACUGCAGAACAUCGCCACGCAGUGGUUGUCGUUCUCACGCAACAUGCAAUACGCGCAAAUGAAGAAGCUUGCGUGGCAUUUGCGUCAAAACAGCUACGAUAUCGACGCGCCACUGCUUACACCAGCCCGAUCAAAGCAGAUACGCACUGCCUCAACGUGUCAAGUGUGCACCAAGAGCUUCAGUUUCCUGCCUCAUAGCAAAAAGUUCUGCAAGAGCUGUGACCAGGUUGUGUGCUCUCGUUGUUGCGUCAAGAAACUUGUUUGUGUCAUGUUACCUGACCAUUCUUCGAUUCUCCAGAAUAAACGCGUAUUCUGUUCUCAAUGCAUUCAUCGAGUCGUUCAGAGUGAUGCCGUUGCAAUUGCUCGCGAUGAACUAAUACGAAUAGGCUAUGAGAGUGACCCAACUGAACACUCACAACGACAGAAUGGUGGUCCAUGCCGUACCAAGCAAUAG